UGUAAUGUGAAUUUUAGACCAAUGAAACGUGAUAAUUGAAUUGAUAUGCAGUCUGCGUCUACUCAGCAAUCCUUCCCCUAUCUUGGUUACCAAUCUCAGUUGUAUUGUGUACGUCAGUUUAAGAGUUUCGCCAGUUUUUCAUUGUACUAUUUGCUCCUGUGAAUCAAUCUUUGGGCCGCGUUUAACGUCGAAACCGUGACUACGCUAAUAAAAGCAACGUGUUUAGACUCGUGUCCAUUAUCAAGAUAGAAGAUUACUACAGUUUCGACGACAAGGCUUUGAAUCACCAUGGCGCAAGGCUCGACCUAUGAGCUGGAGAGGGCAAACAAAGAGAUGGUGAGAAAUGAUGAGGUCGACCACGAGAAGAAGUUGAGAUCAUUCUCGGGACAACUGGGUGUUAUCACGAGAAAAUUGAACCAAAUCAAGCCAUUGUUGCUCGAUCGGGACAACUUGCCUUUAGUCAAGGAAGAACUUGAGUUGGCCAGUGACAGAAUAGAUGAGUUUAAUUUGAAUGUGAAAACGUAGAUCAAGCGACCAGAUCUGCAAAAGAAUGAACAGAGUAAUCUAAACCAAUGGUUCGAAGAAAAGUCCAAGGGUAUGAUGAGCGCCAGGAAGGAAAUUUCAGACUGGAUUAGACUGGGCCAAGAUUGUUUCGUAAACCCUGGGGACAGUGGAUCUGGGCGGGGGUCAGUGCGAUCUUACACGUCUGGUCGGUCUUCUAUUAGAUCCAACCUCUCGUCAGAAACGCGUAUCAACCUUGCUAAAGAAAAAGCUCGCCUCGCAGCUGAAGAAGUUUUGGAGAGGGAAAUGGCUGUUGUUUAAGAAGAAAUGGCCUCCGCCGAGAGAAGGCGAAUGCAAGCACAAGAGGAAAGGACAUCGGCUGAGAGAAAAGCUCGUGCUGUACGCAAUAGGGCUGAAAGGGUCCGGUUAACAAGGCUUGAGGAAGAAAUGAACCAUAUUGACGAUGCGCGAAGCCUGCGCUCGGGGAACAGUUUGGUGCAACGAGAAGCCAGUCAAUCGAAUGCUCAACCGCAGGCUCACAUAAUGCUAAAUGACCAAAUCAAGCUGUUGGCCGAAAUGACUCUAAAAUCACACUUGCCUAAAUCCGAACCAGAAGUCUUUAAUGGAUCAGACAUCACGCUGUUUGCUUCGUUCAUUCAAGCCUUCGAUCGACUCGUAACUUGCCCACAAAAUCUCGGAUUGGAGUAAUUCCAAGACUAGAGCUGGCUGGCGCCAAGCUAGCUGUGGAGGUGGCUUCUAUUAUCAGGAAGGAGAAAUCGAUCCCAGUCAGAAGGGAGGUUUUCUGGACUGACAGUCAAACGGUCUUGAAGUAUCUUCGGAAUGAAAGGAGUCGUUUCCAAAGAUAUGUGGCAAAUCGUGUUGCAUAUAUUCAUGAAAGGUCGAACGUGAACCAAUGGAGACAUGUCCCCGGGCCACUAAAUCCCGCAGAUGUGGCUAGUAGGAGCCAGCCAAUCCGAGAUUUUGUGGGCAACUCAACAUGGAAGUAUGGUCCUCCGUUUCUGAGCCAAAAUGACGCAUUCUGGCCGAAUGGGGAGCAGAUUUCUGACCUCGAGGAUAACGAUCCAGAGGUAGCCAAGGAACGGAUGAUAAGUGCUGCAACUCUAACCAAAGCUGAUGUUUUACUACAAUGGAUUGAAGGGGUUUCCAGUUGGGAAAGGACGAAGGCAAUGGUCUCUGGAUUGAUAAAACUGCAACAUAAAAUUCUGGGCCAAACCCAAGAAUCUGAACCUAUGGAGGAGGCUUCAGUAGCCAUCUUCAAAAAUAUACAAGAUGUUCAAUUCGGCGAAAUUGUGAGGAGGCUCCAGUCAGGAAUAGAUAUUGGACGAAAAAAUCAAUUAAGAAAACUGAGCCCUUUUUUGGAUCCGAAGGGUUUGCUUCGUGUUGGUGGUCGUGUGCAUCACGCUAAGGACCUUAGCAAUGAGUUGAGACACCCAAUCAUCAUUCCAAAAGGGCACAUAGCCAACCUGUUGGUGCGUGAAACCCAUCUUCUUGUGGGACACUUAGGCCAACAAUCAAUGAUUGCGAGCCUAAGGGUUCAGUACAGAAUCAUUGCGGACACGUCUUUGGUAAAAAGGGUCAUCCGAGAGUGCGUUCACUGCAAGAAGUACCAAGGGAAGGUGAUUGAUCAAUACAUGGCAGCCCUGCCGCCUGAUCGUCUGAAGUCGGAUCUACCUCCCUUUACCAACACAGGCGUAGACAUGUUUGGACCCUUCCAAGUAUCCCGAGGUCGAAAUCAAAUCGAUCGUUAUGGUCUUGUUUUCUCCUGUUUAUCAUCGCGGGCGAUACAUCUCGAAGUGGUCUAUGAUAAAACAACGGACUCUUUCGUUCAGUCAUUGCGGCGUUUCAUUGCAAGAAGAGGUCAGGUGCGGGUCAUGAGAUCUGAUAACGGAACCAACCUUGUUGGUGCAGAGCGUGAGCUCAAGAAAUUACUCAAGCAAUUGGAUCAAUCCGAGGUGUCGAGGGAAAUGGAGUUGAAAAACAUACAAUGGAUAUUUAAUCCACCCUAUGCUCAUCACUAUGGUGGGGUCUGGGAACGCGAAAUUCGAACUGUCCGAAAGGUCAUGGCAGGACUACUCAACGAACAAUCAAGAUCACUGACAGAUGAGUCACUCAAUACUCUGAUGUGUGAAGUUGAAGCCAUAUUGAAUAGCCGACCUUUGACACCUUGUUCUGAUGAUCCUUUGGAUCUUGAGGCUAUUACUCCCAAUCACUUACUCCUGCUCAAGUCUGGACCGUCGUUUCCGCCAGGUCUCUUUGAACAAUCCGAUGUAUAUGCUCGGAAAAGAUGGAAACAAGUCCAAUACUUGGCGGAUCUUUUUUGGACCAGAUGGAAACGGGAAUACUUGGGGCUGCUGAUGCAAAGACAAAAAUGGACUAAAGUUAAGCGAAAUGUGCAAGUGGGGGAUCUUGUACUGCUGGUAACGGAAAAAACACCAAGAUACCGAUGGCCUCUGGCUCGGGUGGUCGAAGUGUGCAAGAGCGAAGAUGACUUGGUUCGAAAGGUGUUUGUAAAGACUUCAUCUGGAAGGUACUUCAGACCAGUUUCGCAACUCAUAAUGGUGUUGGAGGGCAAUGGUAACGAAGGAAACGAAAACGACCCUGCGAAUAACUGAAGAAGACUAUGUCAGCGGUCGGAUGACGGACGGUUUGAUGGCUGACGAUUGUUACGAGAACAAGUCAGCAAGGGGGAGUGUAAUGUGAAUUUUAGACCAAUGAAACGUGAUAAUUGAAUUGAUAUGCAGUCUGCGUCUACUCAGCAAUCCUUCCCCUAUCUUGGUUACCAAUCUCAGUUGUAUUGUGUACGUCAGUUUAAGAGUUUCGCCAGUUUUUCAUUGUACUAUUUGCUCCUGUGAAUCAAUCUUUGGGCCGCGUUUAACGUCGGUAAGCUACUAUGAUUAUCUUACUUAAAAACUGUAUCAUUACUGAUAAAGAUGUGUUUUCCUAUCUAGAAACCGUGACUACGCUAAUAAAAGCAACGUGUUUAGACUCGUGUCCAUUAUCAAGAUAGAAGAUUACUACAUGCCAGGUAUUGGAAAAAUUUCAAACUUCUCCCCACGCAAUCUAUCUAGUCACACUUACCUUAGAACUACGGUAGCAGUUUCGGCAUAUUUCUACUCUUAAAUCUAUUAUUUGCGGUUUUUUUUUAAACCUUUUUCUGGAUCUAGGGUAAUUUUCUUGAGCCGAAAUUACGAGAUUACGAAAUUACGAGAGAUACAGGGAUUUAAAACUCCAUGGCAAUGGCGGGUUGGCAAAAAUCCUUAAUUCGAAAAUUGUUGGUCUAAGCUAGGAGAUCCUGACAUCUUUUGCAGGCAGUAAAGUCUCUCUUAUUGUCGUUUCAACUGCAGGUCAUCAAAAACCGUAAAACAUUGAAUGGAACGUUCUCAAUAUUAAGGCUGAGCACUAACGUGUAAUCCUUCCUUUAGCCACCUCGUUCUUCCCAAUCGAUUACCUUUCAAUCAGGUGGCAACGCGGUACUCAAAUGUCAUUUAGAGCGAAUCAACAUGUUUGAACUGCCUUGACUUUGUUUGAACGACGUAUACGUAUUUAUGGCAUGCAAAAACGUACGUAGAUGAAAUCCCUCCUUUUCCUUGUCCGUCUCCACCCCCGAAAUUGACAUUUGACCAAUCAACAAAGCCCUCCGCUUGUCUUGGUUCAUGAUUGGCCGGGCGUCCAUUCUGCUCCUGCCUCAUCAGCCAAUCCAAUUGGACUAUUUACGUCGCCGACAUUUUCGAGGGCGAUCCGCAAAGUAGCUGCCCAUUCUGCACAGAUUAUGUCUCGUCUUGCUUGCAUUGCGACUCAUUUUCACGAUGAAAAAUGGUUUUUUAUCGCAAAAAGCAGACAUUUCAUUCUCCACACUUGGGAACAAAUGGAACACAUAAGAACUAGAAAGAUAAUCAUAAGCUUCUAAAAAGGUGGAUGAUGGAAUAUGUGCCUUAAGUCUAGUUGAAUGGGUAAGCAUAUAAAAAAGUACGAUCUUUUUUGGCAUUGAACCAAAUGUGUUUUGGUAUAAUUUAUUCUGAUGGAACCAUGACAGUUCCUGCCUGGUUUGUGUGCUAACUAGGCUUUCUAUUUAUAGACACUGGUUGUACCUCGUCUCUCUUUCAGGUUUUUCCAUUUCUCCUUUUAACACUGUACUUUUGCUUAUAUUUUGCGACCAAUGAUGUGUAGGAAGUGCGUAAGGUCAAAUGAUCAACAGGUAUUUUUUUAACACCAUUUUAUUACACAUCAUGGGUUACCAUGCUCCAAUGACAAUAGUUUGCUCUGCAGGCUUUGGACAGCUUGGAAGCAGCUGGUGGUCUUGAUCCUCUUUUUCAAGGCUCUCACAAGUUUCUUGUGAAACCUUGCAGGGUUAAUGAAGUCAGCAUUGCCGUCGAUAAUGCCCCUGAAGUCAUUGGGCAACAUGUCCUUGACUACCUUGGGCACGUCCAUUCCGAUGUAGGUUUCCAUAUGGCUUUUUUUGUUUUUUUUCUCAAUUUGGAAUAUUUUAUUGUCAGAUCUCGAUCUUCGGCUUUGAAAGUUCUAGCGUUAUCACUAUUGGGGACUAUUGGGGACUUGGUUGUCCCCUUCUGGCAAUCAUUCGACGAAGGGCAUCAACGAACUGCUCAGUGGACGGCAAGUCCUGGGUUAGCUCCAAGUGUACCACUCGUGAGAACAAGCGAGUGAAGAGACAGCCAUAUGCUUUUCCUCCCUCUUCCGGAAAAAGUGGUCCAAAGAAGUCGAUGUGUCCAAAGGCAGUGAGGAAUAAUCUUUAAAGGUUUGGCCUUAAUCUUUAAUGUCAUAGUUUUGAAUCAAAGAAUGUUAUACUCUUUGGAACACGUUUCAUUCAAAAUAUAUAAAUUACUCGGCCAUUAGCCAAGUAUCUGCUUUUUAAGUUCAUGUCGUUAAAUGUACUGGCC